CAAAGCCGGAAGUUGGAGAAAUUGCAGUUUGAAGUUGUAAUCAUGGCGCUUGAUGUAAAGUCCCGAGCAAAAAGAUAUGAAAAACUAGAUUUUCUGGGAGAGGGUCAGUUUGCCACUGUUUACAAAGCCAGGGACAAGACCAACGACACCAUAGUUGCCAUCAAGAAGAUCAAAGUUGGACACAGAACAGAGGCUAAAGAUGGCAUCAACAGGACAGCCCUGCGAGAGAUUAAACUACUGCAGGAGUUAAGUCACCCAAACAUUAUUGGGCUGCUUGAUGCAUUCGGGCACAAAUCUAACAUCAGCUUGGUGUUUGACUACAUGGAGACAGAUCUGGAGGUAAUCAUCAAAGAUACCAGUCUGGUUUUGACUCCAGCCAACAUCAAAGCAUUCAUAGUGAUGACUCUACAGGGCCUGGAGUACAUGCACCACCACUGGGUUCUGCACAGGGAUCUGAAGCCCAAUAACCUGCUGCUGGAUGAGAAUGGUGUGUUGAAGCUGGCUGAUUUUGGAUUAGCUAAAGCCUUCGGCAGCCCUAACAGAGUCUACACUCACCAGGUAGUCACCAGGUGGUAUCGUUCUCCAGAGUUGUUGUUCGGUGCCAGGAUGUAUGGGGUGGGCGUCGACAUGUGGGCUGUGGGCUGCAUCCUUGCAGAGCUCCUCUUAAGGUUACCCUUCCUAGCUGGAGACUCAGAUCUGGACCAGCUGAGUAAGAUCUUUGAAGCUCUGGGGACUCCGACAGAUGACACCUGGCCUGGGAUGAGUAGUCUACCUGACUAUGUGUCGUUUAAGUUGUUUCCUGGUACUCCUCUGGAACACAUCUUCAGUGCUGCAGGAGACGACCUCUUAGAGCUACUACAGGGUCUAUUCACCUUCAACCCUUCCACACGCCUUACAGCUACACAGGCUCUAAAGAUGAGGUACUUCAGUAACAGACCAGGUCCGACCCCCGGGCACCAGCUGCCCCGGCCCAACUCAUCAGCAGAGGCUCUCAAAGAGAAGGAGAACCUCACCAUCGGAAUCAAGAGGAAACGAGACGGACUGGAGACGAGCACCAUAAAGAAGAAACUGAUACUGUGAGGGGGGAUUUGAUUCAGUGGAGCAACAUGACCACUCCUGCUGUUGAACUUAGUGUGGUUCAUUGGACUCGAUAAAAGUUGCCCCUAAC